CAUGCACGACUUCAUUAUUGUUUUGAUUACAUCUGUGAUCUAAGUUGUUCGCGUAAGUUAGAGAAUUAGAAUUAUGUAUUUAAAUGGUUUGAAACGAAGUGCCACAAUUGCUGGUGGUCUAAUCCGAAGAAACUUGCACCAAUCAUCGAGUAAAUUAAGCAGCAAAGCUUAUGACUAUGAUGGCAAAACAAAAAUUGAUAUAUUUAAUACACAACAAGACUUGGGUAUAAUGAUUACGGGAUAUAGUCAGUUUGGCUUCCGUAUGAACAACGAUAUGGUUGUUAUUGGGCCGGUGGCAGUGUUUCCGAGAUCCCUCUUGUCGUGGAAUGUGAACUCGGUGGAAGAUAUUAAUGAAGCUAGUCUAUCUCUAUUUACCGCCCUAGAACCAAAAAUUGAUGUGUUAAUUUUGGGCAUUGGUGAUCAAACUCCUUCGCCAAAUAUAUCUAAGGAAAUUUUAAGUUUUAUGAGAAAAUAUAAAAUUAAUGUUGAGGUCUUGAGGACCGAGCAAGCCUGUGCUACGUUUAAUUUCCUAAAUGCCGAAAAUCGUAUGGUUGCCUCAGCGCUUAUACCUCCCCUUCACAUUUCAUAUAAUGAGAAUGAUUUGAUGGCCACAAGUGCACGUAAAAUGCAAGUAGGCUUUUAAAAUCAUGGAACCCCAAUCUUGUUAAAAAAGUUUGUUCAAAUAUAUAAAAUAGCAUAAAUUUUAAAUACCUGAUA